GUUAGCCACCUCUAUUUUCCCCUGUUGCUCCAGUCCGGGUCUGAGCCUCCAGGGAGGGCAGCUCCGCUCUCCACAGCGCCGCCCUCCCUCUCUCUCAGCCCGGCUUCUUUUCUCCUCCACUCGGCGCUCACAGCAGCGACCUGACAGCCGCGCUCCUCCCGCUGCUCAAACACGUCGCUCCACCGGCUGCUACCCGGGUCUAAUACAAACCUUUUUUUGUUAUACAUAAGUAACCACUGACUUAGGAGGAUUUUUGAUCGCUUUUGGAGUUUCAUUUUUCGGUGAAUGGAUGGAGUCGUCCCCGCAGGAUUCGGCGAGCGACCCGGGCAGGAGCGGCUCUGAGCCCGCCACGCCGGUCACAGAGACGCCGGCGAACGUGGAGACACUGCCGGGCGGAAAGCACCUGACCCCGGCGAGGAGAAGCAGCGGCUCCGGCUCCGGCUCCGGCAAAGGUUCGUCAGCUGCUGUAAAGAAGACUCACACAUCUCAGAUUGAAAUCAUUCCCUGUAAGAUCUGUGGAGAUAAAUCCUCGGGGAUCCACUACGGGGUGAUCACCUGUGAGGGCUGCAAGGGUUUCUUCAGGCGGAGUCAGCAGAGUAACGCCGCCUACUCGUGUCCCCGCCAGAAAAACUGUCUGAUCGACCGAACGAGCCGCAACCGCUGCCAACACUGCCGUCUGCAGAAAUGUCUGGCUGUGGGCAUGUCCCGAGACGCUGUAAAGUUUGGUCGCAUGUCGAAGAAGCAGCGGGACAGUUUGUACGCUGAGGUGCAGAAACAUCGCCUCCAGCAGCAGCAGCAGCAGCAGCAGCAGGGUUCCCUCCUCCUGUCCCACCCCAGCCUGGGCACCCCGAGCCCGGGCGAGGCCGAGCCGCUGUCCCCUCACUACAGCCUCUCCUCCGGCGGCCUCACAGAGCUGCCGGACGAUCUGGGAGGCUACAUCGAACAGAACUCACCUGAAGGAGGAUCGGUGUCUUCCAAGGCAGAUUCUGGAGGAGGAGGAGGAGGCGGGUUCUACCUGGACUUCCAGCCCUCCCCGGACCAGUCAGGACUCGAUAUAAACGGCAUCAAACCGGAGCCUCUGUGUGACUACGGAUCCAGUAACGGCUUCUUCCCGUACUGCUCCUUCAGCAACGGGGACGCGUCCCCCACCGUGUCUAUGGCUGAACUCGAUCACCUGGCUCAGAUCACCUCCAAGUCUCACCUGGAGACGUGUCAGUACCUGAGGGAGGAGCUGCAGCAGAUGAGCUGGCAGAACUUCCCGCAGGAUGAAGUGGACAGCUACCAGAGCAAGCCGCAGGAGUUGAUGUGGCAGCUCUGUGCGGUAAAGAUCACAGAGGCCAUACAGUACGUGGUGGAGUUUGCCAAACGGAUCGACGGCUUCAUGGAUCUCUGUCAGAAUGACCAGAUAGUGCUGCUGAAAGCUGGCUCCCUGGAGGUCGUCUUUGUCCGAAUGUGUCGCAUGUUUGACUCUCAGAACAACGCCGUCUACUUCGACGGGAAAUUUGCGGGUCCUGACGUCUUUAAAGCUUUAGGUUGUGAUGACUUGAUCUCGUCAGUGUUCGACUUCGCUAAAAGCAUGUGUUCGCUGCAUCUGUCGGAGGACGAGCUCGCUCUGUUCUCUGCGUUCGUUCUGCUCUCUGCAGACCGGUCGUGGCUGCAGGAGAAGCUGCAGGUGGAGAAGCUGCAGCAGAAGACUCAGCUGGCUCUGCAACACGUCCUGCAGAAGAACCAGAGAGAGGACGGACUGAUCAUCAAGCUCAGGUGUAAGGUGUCAGCGUUGCGUUCGCUGUGCAGUCGACACACAGAGAAGCUGUCUGCGUUCAGAGCCAUCUACCCUGACGUCGUCGGCACGCACUUCCCUCCUCUUUAUAAGGAGCUGUUUGGAGGCGACCUCGAGGUGACUCUGCAGACCGACGACUGAACUUUGACCUCCUCGGAGCGAAGCAGUGACCCGAGGGACGGACGCUGCAGGGUCCUGGAGGACAGGGGCGAUGACUCACGCUGCUGUUGCACUUCUUCUCUUGAACAGCUGAGUCGACAAAAAACAGAGAUGUUGAACUCUUCCUCCUCCUCCUCCUCACAGCUCCGGGUUAUGAUGCAGUGAGGAGUCAGGCUGACUCCCCCCACCUGCACAUAGACACACCUCGGCUCAGGAUACAGGAUGUGGAUCAGAUUCAAAAGACACCUUCAGUAUUCACGCUGAAAACCUGCCCCCAGUUUGUCAAGACAUCAGCACUUCUUCUAACCGUUUCUUUAACUUUGAGAGAAACUCACAAGGAAACAAGAAACAUUAAAAUGUAUUUGUCUCAGAGAAGCUAGUUCGUCUGGAACUCGUUGAAAUAUUGAGUGCUGUGGUUGGUGAACAAACUGCUAAACAUGUAUGUUGGUGCUGAGCGAUCAGAACAGCUCACCAGCUAUCUCACUUCAUCGCUCAUCACACAGUUUACACAGCUUUUGUGGAGCAGGGUAUCUUAAAACUGGAUGCACAUGGAGCUCAUAUGAUAGCCUCCCCUGUUUUAGACCGCUGUCCUCAAAGGUAAGCCCGGACAGUGAACGCCUCGUCUAUAUGUUGUCAUGCAAAUCUUUUCCCUCUCCUUUGGUUUCGUCCAUAGACUGUAUGUAAGAAGUGAACGCAGCCUCAGAAUCUAGAUAAAAGGGGAAGUCAGUGCAGAAGCUUCUCAAACAUGGCCUGACAUUAACAUCUGCAAACGUGUCACUGGUCACUUGGCUAACUGCAAUGUGACACUACGACACUACAACUCCCAUGAGCACUACCUGCACACAGUGUUUGAUCAUUGAUCCUCGCGCUUGCAGUCUAGUGACUGACAACACCGUCGUUCCUGUGGAGAACAUGGUGGAGAUGGGAGUAGGAGUAGUACACUAAAACUGAAAAACGAGGAGACAAUGAAGAACAAGAAAAGACUCUUGAACCAAAAGUAGGAGUCAGGCUAAGAUUAAGGUGUGUACAGCAAAUUUAGCACACCGUAGUCAACUUUGAUCUUUUAAAAUGUAAUCUCCCAACUGCAAAAUUGUGCCAAGUGAAAAAGCUGAAAAACCACUGGACACAGUGUCUGUUGAGCAAAAAAGUUGAUAUCAAGCCCUGUUCUUAUCCGGACCUUCUUCCUGGAGGACGACUCGACUCGACUGGUACGACCAAAAAACGAGAGUCUGAUUGUGUCGAAGUCAGUGAGUAAGAAAAAAAACAGCCUUCUUUACGUUUGACUUAUAACAUCAGUAGACAUCAAGUUAAAGGUUUAAAUUCCUAGUCUCAAGACUUGAAGUUGUUUUUGUAAAUUUGGAUUUAUUAUUUUAAAUGGAUUUAUUUUAGCGUCAGAAAGACAACAGAGCAUAGUACCUUUUAAGGCGUCUUUACCUGUGAUUGAAAAGUCCCAACAAAAGCCUCCCAAAAACAUUUAUUAUUUUAUCUUUUGGUUUUAAUGAAAGUCCCCUGGUUUCAUUUUUUAAGGGCAUGUUAUUGGCUGGCUAAAGUUAACAUCCCAACUGUUACUGUUGUGACAGUUUUAUUGAAUGUUUUUGCUGCUCUUUGCUAACCAGGCGAUAAACAAGAUGGUGACAAUCAGAAUGCUAAAACUGAGGCCUCAAAUGUUGCAGGAGGGCUACGUUCAUUUCUUAUAUACAGUCGACUGUUCUGUCAUUGGUUCUUUCUUUUUUUAGGGAUGCACCACUCUGUAAAAAAAAAAGUUCAGGAAAGUCAUCUCUCUCUCUUUCCUCUUCUAGUUCUGAUUCUGAUUUAGAGCAAACCACUGGAGGUGACGUGAAAGUUUGAAAAGGUUUUUUUUAGUCAUCCAGGGUGCAUGACACUGGACUUUGGCACUUACAACAUCACAUUUCCAAAGGAACCAACGUGUUUCAAGUGCAGCUGGGUUCAUUAGUCUCAUCGUUUUCUCCCCCUGAUGUCUGCAGAAUUCAUCACUCAGGUUCUUAUUAUCCAGAUUCAUGUUUCUGAACACCACAUCAUACUCUCUUCUCAGGCAGAUUGAAUUCAUUAUUAUUCAUCUAUCCAUUAUCUAUAUCGCUUGGGGCUGGAGCUGAUCCCAGCUGUCAUUGGGUGAGAGGCGGGGUUACACCCUGGACUGUUCACCUGUCAAUCACAGAGCAGACAUAUAGAGACAGACAACCAGCCACACUCACAUUCACACCUAUGGGCAAUUUAGAGUCAGCAGUUAACCUAACGAGCAUGUCUUUGGACUGUGGGAGGAAGCCGGAGAGAACCCACACAUGCAGGGAGAACAUGCAGACUUAACACAGAGAGACUCCUGUCAGACUGGGAUUCAAACCAGGAACCUCCUCGCUGUGAGACAACAGCGCCAACCAGAGCACCACUGUGCAAUCUGAAUUAUUUAUUGAUAAGCAGAAAGGUUUUAAAAAUGGACACCAUGAUUGUUCUUUAAAGACUCGUUGAUUGCAUUUCUUCCCUUUUCUUUCUAUUUGGUUGACUUUUCAAAUGAAUCAAAAACUCUUUGAUUGGAAGAACAAAGAAGAACCACAGGAAGUUAAUCUGCACAAGUAAAGCAAAUGUAAGCACCAACACAGCUUACAUCUGUUUGUGUUUAGAUACACAACCCUUUCAAUCUUCUUUGUGACAAUACCCCCACACGCUGCAGUUUAUCGACAUUACUCUGUGAUUGCACAGCUUCUCUCACAUGAAGAACAACUUCUUCUCACACUGAACAGAAAAAACUAAAAGUUUUCUUUCUGUAAAUUUAUGUUUAUCCACCAUGACAUAUUUCUUCCUCCUUCUGCCUUUCAUCCUUCAAACAGUGACUUCUGUCCUCAGAAAGAGAAGAGCUGAUCCACAGUAAUGUAGCAGUUAGCCUGUAGCACCACCUGGUGGCCCUGGCAGGAAAGUGCAGGUUCCUUUUUCUCUCUUAGUCAGUUUAUCAGGGGGUUUGAACACGUUACAGCUGAAUCUAUCAAACACGUUUUAUCCAUUGAUCUAACCAAAAAUACUCAGUCAAUAGAGCAUUUUUGGACUAAUUCCUGCAGCUGAUUUUAUGUAGCACCUGAAAUAAGACGAAGCCAAAAAAGAGAGAGAGUGAGCUUAUUACUAUUUAAACACGUAUCAUUAAGGCCAUAAGACAUGAGAGGUUUCAACCAGCUAAAUGCAAGCAAUAUAACAAUGACAGGGUAACAAUAAGAGCAAUAUAGAAUCUAUGCAUCAGAGUCAACUUUGGUGAAGUGGUACAAAAAAAACUAAAUUGCACUACUGCCUCUUUACUGCCGACCUGGUAGUUUGUGUGUUCACACAUGUUCCUACUUGUGUUUUUAGACAGACUGCUGAGAGACUUGACUUUCAUCUAAAUCCUUACUUUGUUCAAUAAAAAAAAAAGAUAAGUAUAGAAGAAGUAGAUUAGAGGAAAAGUAGCAGGGGUGUAUCCAGAGGAUUGGCCAGGGGUUGCAUAUGGGCCCCCCUUGGAAGAUCAUUGGGCACCCCAAAAUCUUAGACAGUUAUUGGCUAUUUCCUGGGUUCAAGAAGCUGCUGGUAGUUUUCUCUACUUGAGCUUUAAAGGAGAUCUAUUCUGCUGAUCCAUAUUUAAAUUCAUACAUAUAAUGUUACGAUGUAGGAUGUCCAAACUAAACCUCUGCAAUGUUUUUGUAAACAAAGCAAACACAGUUGUCGCUAUGAUCCCAGGACGCGGUUUCCUGCUGCUCUGAACAAGACGUUAUGAGAAUUUAGGGAGACUUGACCAGCUGACGAACUAGAGCAAAGCAUGGAGCAAAGUUGUAGGACACGCCCACCCUGGCAGCUCGUUCAAGGAACUAGAACCCCCCCUUAAAUUUCCCUUAAGAGAGCUGGCCAAUCAGAGGAGAGUGGGCAUGUGAGGAGGGGGGGCUUAAAGAGACAGUAACUGAAAUUAAGCUUUUCAGGCAGAGGCUGAAAUGAAGGAUUUUACUGACUCCAGUAUGGGACAAAUAAGGAGGUUUUUGAGCGGCACAUCUCACAACGCUACUUAACAGGUCUGGGACAACUGACAUCAUUAAUGGGGAAAGUGAGGAUAAUAGAUCUCCUUUGAAUAAUGUCUAACAAACCAGACACACAUGAAUAAGUUCAAGAAAAGUUUGUUGAGGUUAAGGCAUAAGUAGGUCACGUUAAGCCGAUCUAGAAAGGUUGUGGUGAGGUGAUAAAAUGUGUACCCUUCUUACAUUGGUUAAAUGGUUACUUCACUCACUUUGUGUAUCUAAAGUCAGUUUUCUGAUCUUGCAAAGCGUGACCUGUGUUCUUGGGUGGAGUCUCGUGUUUGUUGGACCCAAACCGACUUUGAUGUUCUUUGCACUACUUCACAUGACAACCACCUUUUAUCAGGGCAUACUAUCAUCAGGGCAAAUAAAGGCGAGGGUUAAUAUGAGUUGCAAUAAGCUGUUGCACUGUUGACAUAUAAAGUGGUACUUUUGGUUUGGUUUGUAACCGUGAACUAAGCGUCCGAGCGGAAAGAGCUUCAGCCACGUUUAUAUUGGUCAGAACAGAUACUGAAUCAUCAAGGAUAGCACUUCAACAGUCAUUGAAGAUUACGUCACACUGUCAAUAACAUGAUGUCAUUUCUGUUUUAAAUUUUGCCACCUGCUUGCCCACAACACAUCGUAAGUCUUGAGGUCCAAAGCCCAGUAAAAAAUUUAUUUCUGGCAGAUGUACGUGUAACAUCAGCCAAAAUGUGAAUGCCUAGCAAUAACGUUCCUGUAUUUUUAUUGUUGUUCACUGUGUGUAGUUUGAAGAUGAUGGCAUGUCACUGCAGAUUCUGUUUUAUAAGGUUUCAUUUGGGCUGUUCCUUUCUGUUCUCGUGUACUUACUCUCCACCCCUCACAUAAUCCCAUACGCUGACGACACCAUCUUCUCCAUUCAUGCAGCUUAUUGGUUAAGCGCUUCUUUAAAUAUUUUAAUUAUACGUCUGUACAGGCCACAGGAAGAUACCGGUAUGGAUGCCCACUGAGCAUCAAACUUUUUAACUGUUGAUUAAUAUGCAUCAUAAUGUAUAAUAUCUGGUUUGAUAUGCACCGCUCUCCUUUAGAUUUAGCUGAAUAACAGAGAGAGCGUUUGUGUUUCUAAGUUGUGUGUGGUGCUAGGUAACAUUUUGUUAGCAGGCUCUUGAUUUUUAUCAACUAUGCCAAAUUGUAUGUUUCCACACAGGGUAAGACAUCUAAAGGAAAAUUGUGUUUUUUUAACAACCUCACAGGACAACAUGAUAUCUUUAACCCUUCAAAUGGUUUCAUGAAGGUCACACCUUACAACUGCCGCCCCUUAGCAUCGGAAACAUGCUAUGUUGAAGUGCUGGCUUCUCUAACAACAAUGCAGCAGCCAGUAUGUCCUCUUUCUAACUUUAGAUUCUGGUCCUGAAUGCUCUGGAUUUGUGUGGACCAGAGAAGGUAGGCGGUUUUAAGGCACCCACACACAGCUGUUUUGGAUGCCCCUUGGUUUGCCAGAUAUGAGACCAGUUAUCAGGUCAAACCAACAGGUGUUGCAGCAAUUAUCAUAGAAGUGAUUGUACCCGACCUAAAAAGCGUCUGCAUGUUUCUAACAAGCUCCACGAGCAGAAACGAGCUCAAACUAGGAUCAAUAUUGGAGAUGCUUUUGAAAAAUGGAGAGAGGUUAGAACGCAGAAAGGUUUACAGACCGAUGCAGAGCUGGAUAAACACUGAAGCUUCAGUGUCCACCACAUGGCAACCUGCGUGAGCAUCGACUCUAGAGAGGAGGGGCCAGGGGGAGAUGGCUCUUUACAGAAUUUGGACUGCAGUACAGUCCAAAAGGUACCAAUUUUUUUUAGCAGCCAUUAAGUAUUUUGUUUGGCAGCUAGAACCAGAAUAGGUUGACUGUAACGGUAUCCUCUGGGACAGAUGGACUGAUCAUUGUUGGUCUUCUUGAAGUGUAUUUACUGCCAUUGACAGGCUCAAAUUGUUAUCAAAAGAGUUUAACAACAUUACAGAAAUAAUCACUCCAGAGACAAACCUUUGGCAUGGAUAAGAUCAUUUCUAUUAAUCAGCUAACAUGUUUUAUGAACUGCUGAGCCCCUGAAAGCUCAGAUAAGGAAAAGAUAAAAGCCGUUAGUAAAUGAUUUCCCAGGGUUCACAAAUCUGUGUGCAGGAUUUAUAAUCCGUGCACCAAAAUUAGUGAAUUAUGCACAUGGAUUUGCAAACUUUGGGAACAGUUUUGUAAACUGCUUGAAUGGAUUCAUACUUUCAGAUUGCAGAUCCUCACAGUUUACAAAACCGUGCCUGCAGUUUGCAGAACUCUGUGCACAGUUCUACAAAUCUGUUCCCAAAGUUUAUGAAAUCCUUGUGCAUGUAUUAAAAACCGUGCACACAGAUUUGUAAAACAGUCUUUUAGUUUGUCUUAGCCAGCAGCCACUUUAAGAAACAUGUGGAAGACACCACAGCCUGUAUCAUAGCAGCUGGCAGACACAAUGUAUUGAAGUGACUUUUAAACAUGUUCUACUCUUUAGUCAUUCAGAACCCAAGAAAUAUGUUAAAAUGACCCGAAUAAGCCUAAACUCAACCAUCAGACACUCCUGUAUUCUCUCAGUACAGUCGACACAUUCAAUGGGACAAAUAACAAACGGUCUGUUUGGUAAAGUGACAUUCACCCUACUUGAAAGCAGAGAAACAUUAAAGUUUUGUUGGAUAUUGAAACCAGGAAGAGGGUUAAAUGUCUGCUGUGUGAGAUGUAACAAAACACAAUUUUCCUUUGAAUGGUCAAAUGUUAUUAUGAUACAGAAAUAUAUCAUAGAAAAAUGAUGUAAUAUCCCAGCAUGCACCUGUAUCAGUGUGUCAGGCUGGGGUCUGUUGAUUUUCUUUGUUUAACAUGUUUGAUACAAAGCAGAGCUUCUGUAUCAGAAAUGUAGCAGAAUUAAAAUAAAUAAAUGUAUCCCGUU